AUGAGGGCGAACGCUUCAAGGAACGUUCAAGCCGGUCAAUGCACUCGUCCCAAAGAAAUGAUCGGAAAGAACCUAGAAGAUUUAAGCAAGGACGAUAUGAGCUGCAAAUAUAGCAUUGAAAGCGUCUGCGCUGCUGAUGGGGAGUACUGCCCAGUUGGGUGCAGCUGCCAGGACACAGUUGUUCGCUGUUCGAAUAAGGACCUACAGGCAUUUCCAACAUCGAUACCUUUUGGUACUACAGAGCUGUUUUUGGAUUCCAAUUCCAUCGAUGAAAUUUUGGCGCAUCAAAUCGGCAGAUUGACUAAUCUCGUGAAACUAGAUUUGUCCCACAAUCGCAUUGAGUCUAUAGAGGACAACACAUUCGCCAAUUUAACAAAGCUGUCCACGCUUAUACUCUCAUAUAAUAAACUCAGGUGUCUUCAACCGAAUGCGUUCUCUGGAUUGCGUUCUCUUCGUAUUUUAUCGCUUCAUGGAAACGACAUUUCGCUCUUGCCGGAAACGGCAUUCGCCAGUCUCUCCAAUAUAACUCAUAUUGCUGUCGGAAGUAAUUCUCUCUACUGUGAUUGUCGAAUGGAGUGGUUUUCCCGAUGGAUCAAAUCAAAGUUUGUCGAAGCAGGUAUUGCCCGCUGCCACGCACCUGCAGCAGUUGCCAACCAGUUGCUUCUAACUGCUCGGUCACACCAGUUUCGGUGUGAAGGAUCGAUCCCAGCUGUGGUCGCCGCGAAGUGUGAUGCGUGUAUUACUCAACCGUGUAAAAAUGGUGCUCGAUGUGAUACUAUCAGCGGCCGAGACUAUCGUUGUAUUUGUACUGCCGGUUACCAUGGGAAGAACUGCGAACGCGAAAUAGAUGCUUGCUUCGGACAUCCUUGCCUCAACAAUGCUGUCUGCAAGGUUAUUCAAGAAGGUCGCUUCAAAUGUGUGUGUCCAAAAGGAUUCAAAGGAGAUUACUGCGAAACAAACAUCGACGACUGCGAGAAGAACAAAUGUCAAAAUGGAGCAAAAUGUAUUGAUAUGGUCAAUUCUUAUAAAUGUCAAUGUGGACCUAUGUUUGCUGGCAAGUACUGCGAGGAGAAACUAGAGUACUGCAGCAAAAGACUAAAUCCUUGCCGGAAUGGUGCUAAUUGCAAGACGGACGGUUCUGGCUACAAGUGUGAAUGCUUACCUGGUUUCACUGGACAGAACUGCUCAACAAAUAUCGACGACUGUGGCAACCACCAGUGUCAAAAUGGUGCAAUAUGUGUGGAUGGCAUAACGACUUAUUCUUGCAAAUGUGUGAUGGGAUUUUCGGGAGAGUUUUGCGACAUACCGCCGCUGAGCAACGCUCUGCAUCCGAAAACCUCACAAUGUAAUAGCCUUUCUUGUGGGCAUGGCUCAUGCUACACAAACGAGGAAAUGAGUGAAUACGAAUGCCGGUGUCACGAAGGCUACACUGGUGAAAAAUGCGAUCGUAUCCGUGCAAUUGGAUUUGAGCAGCCUUCUGCAUACGUCGCACUGGAGCCGUGGGCUGUAGAGAACGGAAAUCUGACAUUCACUAUAAGGACAACUAACCGAAGCGGUAUGAUUGCAUACUACGGCGACAAAAGUUUCCUUUCUGCAGAACUUUAUGAUGGAAGAAUAAAAAUCGCCUUCUAUAUUGGCAACUAUCCCACUAGUCACAUGUAUAGCUUCGUCACGGUGAAUGACGGUUUGCCACACCGAAUUGAAAUUCUCGUCCAGGGAAAAAAGUGCUCACUAUCUGUCGACAGCCUUGCUGUUCAGUCCAUUGAAAACGACGGAAAAUUGGAACUGUUUGCGCUCGAGACAAAACAGUACCUCUACAUUGGUGGACUACCCCCUGAUCGAGCAGCUCGUGUUAAGGAAUCGUUCCAUGUCAAGGAAUCUAACAGUUUUACAGGAUGCAUCAGCGAUGUUUUUGUGAAUGAGGUGGCUGUAGAUUUCGAAAACGCUGUGGAAAAGGAGCGAGUCACUGUUGGAUGUGCUCAUGUUGUUGAUCUCUGUGCUGGAGUAAUCACCUGUAACAAAGAAAAGUACCGACGUUAUCAUGUUGAAGGCGAUUGCCGAUCGGUGGACAUGGUGAAGAAUGCUGAAUGUGUUGGGUUUUGUGGAGACGGCGAACACGAUUGCUGUGCUGCUAUAAAAACGAAAAGAAGAACGUUGAAAAUGUUGUGCCGUAACGGUCAGACGUAUGAAGACGACUGUAGCAACCAUCGUUCGGAAAUGUCAGUGCCAGAGCACUUGUCGUGCAAGAACCUAUCGAUCUAUAUUGAGGAGUCGAUAAAAUUGGAUUUUUUUCAUGGCGAAUUUGGCUUUGAACUAAAAGAGACAGCUAUCAAAGCCACUUGC